AACAAACCGUAAAUAGAAUGGUAAAUUUAGAAUCUCCCCCUUCUUGAACAUUCGAGCCUGUUCUUCGCUUCUGAAAAAGAUUUAAAAAAAAACAUUCGAAGUUUUUACAUAGUCUUUUUCCACGAGUUCGUUUAGUAUUAUCUUGCGCGCCACACAGAAAACACAAAAAUUGCUACAAGUAAAAUUGAAGCUACGGAGUCUAGGAAAAUGACAAAUGAUAAUCCAACAAUUCGGCUGAAAGAGGCUGGAAAUCAAGCAUUUGCAGAAGGAGAUUGGGACAAGGCCUUAUCAUGCUAUACUCAAGCACUUCAUUUAAUUGAACUUGACACUCCAGAGAAAGCUGUCCUCCUCAAAAACAAAGCAGCAGUUUACUUGAAAGUGUCUGACUAUGAAGCUGCCAUCAAAGAUUGCACCACGUCUUUGGAAAUUUCGCCAGAUGAUCCCAAAGCUCUUUUUCGUAGAUGCCAGGCAUAUGAAGCCUUAGAAAAAUAUGAGGAGGCUUACAAAGAUGCCAGACAAGUCCACAAUUUAGAUAAAAAGAAUAAAGCCAUUGCUCCUAUUUUGAAAAGGCUCCAUGAUAUUGUCCAAGACAGGAUGGCAAAAUUUGCUCAGACAACCACAAAAGUGUCUCAAAUGAUGGAAAUCGCCUUUGAUUUUUCUUCGACUGUUGAAAAACGGGAAACUGCUACUUCAAAUAUUUUAGUUCUUGCCAAAGAAUCUGCCGGUGCCGAAUUGCUGGUCAAGGAAGGAAUCUUCGAGAAAAUUAAUUCUUUGUUGAAGAAAGAAACGACGCCAAGUAUUGUAGUGACUUGUAUCCGCAUCAUCAGUGCAUUGUGCAAAGGGAAUCUGCCUCGAGCCAAAAUGAUUCUCCAGCUUUUAGGAGUUCCUUGGCUACUUGAUCAACUGAAUUCAAAUAAUGACGAUCAAGUCAGUGCAGCUCAGUAUUGUGUCCAAACAGUGAUCAACACUAUUUCGGGCUUGGAUUUGAAAGACGAUAAACAACCCAAUAAGGAAUUGUGCGAAGCGCACCGCAAGGAAAUUGAUACGAUUUUAACUUGUUUGAUUUACUGCUCCACCAGUCGAACCAUCACUGGCAAAUGCCGAGAUGCUGUUCUCGAAUUGAUGAUGAGGAAUUGCGAAUACCGCGCCCUGGAUUGGGCCGAACGCCUCGUUGAUAUUAAUGGCUUACAGCGAAUGAUGCAAAUCGCCAGUGAAUUGGAGGAAAUGAAGUACGAAUCGUCCAUGGAAAUUACGGAAAAUACCCGCACCAUCAUCUCCUGUGCCUUGGGGAAAGUCUAUGACAACAUGUACUACGACUUAAUUAAAGAACGUUUCAGUGCAAAGAUUGAAGAUUUUAUCCACGAACAAUUGCAAACUCCUGGGAUGGAUAGCAAAGUUCGAGUGGUGGUGGCAGUGACGACGCUACUUCUGGGACCUCUAGAUGUUGGUAGUUCUAUUAUUGGCAAAGAAGGUGUCUUGGAAAUGAUCCUCGUCAUGGCAAACAGUGGCGAAUUCCUCAUGCAGCGUGUCUCUUGCGAGGCUUUGAUCGCCGCCGCUUCUAAAAAAGAUAAAGCCUCUGCCAUCUUGGCUCAAGGCGUUACCAUUCUCAAGAAACUCUAUCAAAUCGGCAACGACAACAUCAAGGUGAGAGCUUUGGUAGGUCUAUGCAAAUUGGGAAGUUGCGGAGGCACCGAUUCGUCGUGGAAGCCGUUCACCGACGGAUCCACCAUGAAGUUGGCCGAAGCUUGUCGAAGAUUCUUGAUUAACCCAGCCAAGGACAAAGACAUGCGUAAGUGGGCUAUUGAAGGCCUCUCCUACUUGACAUUAGACGCUGAGGUUAAGGAGAAACUCAUUGAGGAUCGUGAAGCUCUUCAAUCGCUAAUUGAAGUGGCCAAGUCUGGAGACAUUUCUGUUAUUUACGGAGUCGUUUCCACAUUGGUGAACCUUUGCAAUGCAUACGAUAAACAAGAAAUCAUCCCAGAGAUGUUGGAACUGGCGAAAUUCGCUAAACGUCACGUGCCAGAGCAACACGAAUUGGAUGAUCCUGAUUUCGUUCACAAACGAGUCGAUAUUUUGGGCAAGGCAGGUGUCACUGUCGGUUUAGUUUCUCUUUGUAAAACAGAGAGCGAAAAUUGCAAGGAAUUGAUAGCCAGGGUAUUCAACGCCCUUUGUGAACACCAGAAUUUGCGUGGCAUCGUGGUCCAACAAGGCGGUGCCAAGGCUUUAAUCCCAUUGGCCCUUGAAGGAACGACUAAAGGAAAAUACCAAGCAAGCCAGGCAUUGGCCAGGAUCGCUAUCACCAUCAACCCGGAAGUGGCAUUCCCAGGACAGAGAAUGUGCGAAUUGAUCCGGCCGCUUUUAGGUCUCCUUGAUCUUGAAUGCAACGCUCUAGAAAACUUUGAAGCUUUAAUGGCCCUCUGCAAUUUAGCUGGAUUCGAUGCCCCGAGAAAAAGGAUCCUCAAGGAGCAAGGCGUCGCUAAAAUCGAGAAUUACAUGUACGAAAACCACGAAAUGUUGAAAAAAGCCUCGGUUCAAACGAUGAGCAAUUUGCUGUUUAGCGAAGAAGUGGUCAAACUCUUUGAGGGUAAAAACGACCGCACCAAGUAUUUAGUCUUACUUUCCACUUCAGAAGACGUUGAGUUGUCCAAAGCUGCUGCAGGAGCCUUGGCUAUUCUGACGUCAGUCAGUAAACGGGCUUCACGGAAAGUUUUCGAGCCGACAGAGUGGAAAGAAAUCCUUUGCUUCCUACUGAGCAAUACGGACAAAGACGUGCAAUAUCGAGGAGCUGUUAUCGUCAAAAACAUCGCCAGUCAUUCGAAGGAGUUGGCCGAAAAGUUGUUGCAACCUGAGGUUAUUAUGGUCCUGGAAGUUCUCACCAAAUUCGAAACACCUGAAAUGGCCAAAAUUUGCGACUGCGCCAAAUCAACCCUGGAAAUCGCCGAGCAAUGGAAACUGAUCGAGAAGGAGGAUGACUCUGAAGAUGAGUCUUGAUAAAUUUUAAUGAAAUGAUUUAAACAAAAAUUAAAUUGUGUGCCUAUGCAAAUUCACUCGUUAAAGUUAAAUACACUUUAUACGUCAAUUGAAA